GCAGCACCUUUCACCAUGAACACCUCCUUCCUCCACCCUAAAACCCCCAAAUCAAUUAAAAUAAUCACUGAAAAUUCAUCAACAGGAGUGACCAAAGGCCUUGCAUGAGUAUUCUCAUAAAUUUCCAUCAUUCUUCUUCAAUUUUAUCAUCGUAGAUAUCACUAUUUCGGUUAGUAUCUCGCCUGAAAUUUCUAUAAAGUGUUGCUAACUCUCUCGUUCCUUCUCAUUUAGCAAAAAAAUAAAUUUUUUAUUAUAUUCCCUUCAGAGACAGAUUCCAAAUCUCUUGAAAUUGGAUUAGCGAUUGUCUGAAGUUUUGCCGGCACCAGCAAACUUGUAGGAGUGGUUUGUGGGCUUGGGCAAAUUUUAAACCUUAUCUAUCCACCAAAAAGAAAAAUGAAAAAAGAAAAACAAGAUGGCUAUUCCGACCAAUCCAUAUACUUUUUUCCUCAAUUUUGCAUUCGUCGGUGUCCUUAUUCCGCCCAUCUGUCCUGACGAUCUAUUCACAUCUUAUAGUAAAAGUGUGCUCUAGAUACUAAUGGUUGAAAGUGGUGUUUGGGAUGACAGUAAUGAAAGUGGUGGUGAUAAUGUUUUUAAGGUGGUUUUUGAGUAAGAUGAUGAAAAAUUUGGAGAAAAGGAAUGGAGAAGAUGAAGAAAUGGAGGGGGAUGGCUGCAGAAGAAAGAGGGCUGGGGAAAGAGAAAGGGGAAGAUGGGAAGGGUCCCAAAGUAGCUAGAAAUGAGCUUUUUUCUUCUUCUUUUGUUUUUAUUUUAUUUUUUGCUUUUCCUUCAUUUAUUUAUUAUUUGUAAUUUUAGUAAAAACAAAUCUCAUACUCAUUAUAUACACACGCUUUAUAGGCGUGAUUAGCACGUAUUUUUGCCACGUCAGUUAAAUUGUUGCCACAUAAGCAUAGUCAACGAUCAAAUGAAUUUAAAAUUGUGUAAAUGAAUGAGUUGAGGUGUUAAAAAGAAAAACACCUAAGUUUCUUUAUCGGGUUGAAAAAUGAGUACAAGUUUAAGUGGUCCGGAGGCCGUUUUACCUUAUUAAAAAGAAAGAAAACUCUCGCGGUUAAUUACCUCUUUCUUCUUCCCCUUAUUUCUUCCCACCCCCUUCCCUACCCCUGCCCCCCAAACCACACAACUUGUCUUCUUCUAAUUUCUUAUCUUCAUCGUUCAAGCUUUCAUGUCCAUCUUUACUCACCAUUUUUUUUUCUUUUUCUACAAAUCUUAUGAGGACGAUGUAGAAGAAUUUAUAAUUCCUGAAAUCAUAAAUUACAAAGGGCUAUUGAAGAAGUUGUCUUGUAUUAUGAUUAUUGAGGUUAUGUACAGCCGAUUUGGUGGUGUUACAAUUGGUGGAGUUGAGGUUGGUUCUUUGGUAAUAGUGACAAUUCCAGUAAUUUUUUUGUUAAUGAUUGGGGGGUUUUCAGAGAGAAUUUUGGAAAAAUAAUGGGAGAAAAAUAAAAAAUAGAAAAUAAUGAUUAAACAGAAAAGAGAUCCUCAUAGAAGGAGAUUUAAUAAAUUCUAACCACGACGAUGGAUGAAAUCAGUGGUUCACGGUGGUGGUUUGAUGGAGCUAGUAUAGAUUUUGAAGAAGAAAAAGAAAAACAUUAUUGGUUUAAGGUUGGUUGUGGUGAUGAAACCAUAAAACUGGUAGGGGAGAGAGAAGUAGAGAGGGAGGCGGAGGAGAUGAGGCACUGGUGGUGGAAAGCUUUACGAUAAAGAGGAAGAUGAAAGUUUUCAAAAUUGACUAAAAAAAUUAUAAAGUUGGCAAAAUUAGUUUUUUAAAAAGGUGAUCCCAUAAAUUAUAUGUGUCAAAUAAUAAAAAGCUAAGUAUUUGACAUGUCAUCCAAGUCGAUGUAAGUUUAUUUAUCGGGACGGUAAAAUAUAAGUUCAAGUAGAGUUCAUUUUGCCAAAUUAAUAUACACAAAUGCAUGUUGUGGAAACAAAUUAAUUAUCUCAGAAUUGUUGAAGCCCUUACUCCAUAAGUGACCUAGUCUUCUCCCUGCUGCAUCGCCGGUCCCGCACCCAGUCGCCGGCCUCCGUCGAAUCGACGGCCACCAGUCAUUAUAAAAAGGAUAUAGGUAUUUGCAAUUCAAUCCGUUUAUGGAAACUGAUAAGUGGAGAAGUUUUUCAGAAGGAACAAGUGAUUCUGAAGGCUAUGGGGAGGAUCUUGAUGAUGAUGACCAUUGCUGUGCAUAUGCAUCCACUGAUAUACCCAAUUUGCAGAAAGAUAUUUCAAGAUCACGGUGGCUUGACCACUUAGGAAUGGCUGAGGUCGUGGAGAGGAAGGGUGGAUUGUGGACAACUACUGGAAUAGUUCGUAAUGGCAAGAUAUAUUGCUUCAUUGAAGAGACGUUAUAUCUGGCGGAAGUUGGGGCUCUACAUCUCUUCAGUAACAAUGACGCACCCCUAUCUCUGGAACAUAUAUAUAAUAGGGUUGCAGAAGGAAAAAGUGGAUGUUCCUUGGAAUAUUUUGAAGUCUAUAAGCACCUGAAAUCUCUUGGUUAUAUAGUCGGGCGCCAUGGUAUUCCUUGGUCAGUUAGAAGGUCAAGUGUAAAUUGUAUUUCUAACCAAGACCUGCUGGAGACUGCUGAGAUUGGAUAUAAAGAAUCAAGAGACAGCAUUCUCAUCAGUGAAAUGUUUAGUAAUAUGCAAAUUGGUGGAUUGAGAAUGGUUUUUGAUGUUUACCCUCCUAAUAGUAGAUUCCGAAAGUCUGCACCUGGUGAUCCAUGUUUUGUACUUUGUCUUGCGAGUGAGUAUCCACCUUCCAAAGAAGAGAUUGAAGAUCUUGAGAGACAUUCUCAUGGUAUUCCCUUGAAAUUCUGUCUGGUUGAGCAUGGGCGUGUGAGCUUUUUCUCAUUCAGCAAAGUUGAGCUUCCUAUCCUUCCAUGACCCCGACCAGCAAUGAAUCCAAAUAUCGACAUGCCUUGAGAAGAGCUAUGGUACAAUUGUGAAUUUUAAGUUUGUGGAUUGAUGUUUCACCAUUGUGUAAUAGGCGUGUAUUAUUCAGACGAUAAGCAUGUCUGGCUUACGAAUCAGGACCUAGUCUCCCGUGCUUAUAACAAAACCAGAGUGUCUUGUCUUCUUUGCCCUCAAUGUUUUUUUGUAAAAGUUGAAGGUUGGUUUA